AUGGGCUCCGCAACCCUAACGACCGCUGCGACGACGCUGCGACACAGAGCGAUCUCGUCGCUACCGUAUUGCUACGAUUCGCAUGCACAAUGCACGUCGAACCGCUCCGCGUGCGCCUAUCAGUCGCUUCCACGUCAGCUCCGUCCAUUUACGCAUGGCGUCGUCAGCUCUCGAACCCUCCGCAGAGCAACCCUUCAGGUUCCGAGGCUAGUCGUUACCGCAGCCGUGGCAGCCGACAGGCUCGGCCCGGACGUGGACGAGGAGGCUCGGAGUGAGGUUCGGCGGCGGCAGGCUCGGCUGCUGUGGAAUGUAGACGGCACGGAGCGUGGCGCGAAGGCGGAUUCGGAGAGGCGCGGCGAGAUCGAGGAGGCGGUCGUUGACUUGGAACGACUUGGCGGGACGCCGUUGACAUCGGGAUUGGAUCGGCUGGACGGGUGGUGGGAGCUCAAGUACAGUACCGCUGCUGACGUCACUGGCAUUCUCAUGGCUCCGUUGUCGCUUCCGCUGCCGAUUCUACAGGUGGGCCGAAUCUUUCAGCGCUAUAUCUGUGCCGGGCGAACAGACGGGGGCACGGUGCAAAACGUGGUUCGGUGGAGCCUGCCAGGCCUGCAGGACAAGGAGGGCGCGUCCCUAAUAGUGACGGCGGAGUUUGACGUGCGCAGUGGCCGCUCCAUCCAGCUGCAGUUCGAGCGGGCGGCAGUGGGCGGCGUGAAGAUUAACGAGCAGCUGCAGGCUCUGCUUGCACCGGCUGCCCUGCCCCGCGCCCAGCUGUCGCUAGAUGCGCUGCAAUUCUUUCGUUCUUUGGAGCUGUCAGUGCCUCUUGGCUCCCCUCUUCGCACCACCACAGAAGUAUUGUCAAGCUCUGUUCCUGCCAAUCGCUUCAUGAUCACGUUUCUCGACGAGCGAAUCUUGUUCUUCGCCAUGGAUAGUGUACUCUCGAUGGCGACCACGUCAGCAAGCCUGACAUCCCAAUCCGCAACUGGACUUAAUAGGCUUGCAACUUCUGGCUUUUCCGGAGGACUACGAUCUGCGCCGUUGAGGUUUUCCCCAUCUCACGGUCAGCGUUUCAGCAAGCAAGCAGGAAGGUCUAGCCUUGCCGCGAGGGCAGUUUUCGAUCCGCUGCAUUUAGACGCCGCAAUUUCCACCCUUACUUCCCACAAUUUCCUCUACGCCAUUGCCGAUGCGGCGGACGCGGCGGCCUCCGCGGCUGCUGACGUGUCAACCGCCGUGGCGGCUGUAGCAGCUGACGCGGCGGCGUCUGGCGGAGACGCAGCGGUUGAGGCGGCUUCCGAUGGUGGCUGGUUCGCUGGGCUCGCGAACCUUCUGGAGAGCAUUUUGAAGGUGUUGGAGCAAGGGCUGGCGGCGCUGAACGUGCCGUACGCGUACGGGUUCUCCAUCAUCCUGCUCACGCUGCUCGUUAAAGUCGUCACCUUUCCGCUCACCAAGCAACAGGUCGAGUCAACCAUGGCAAUGCAGAACCUUGCGCCCAAGGUCAAGGCUAUCCAGACCAAAUAUGCCGGCGAUCAGGAGCGCAUUCAGCUGGAGACAUCGCGUCUAUACAAGCAGGCUGGCGUCAACCCACUUGCGGGGUGCCUGCCCACGCUAGCCACUCUGCCGGUCUUCAUCGGACUGUAUCAGGCGCUCAGCAACGUGGCUAAGGAGGGAGUGCUGACGGAGGGCUUCUUUUGGAUCCCUUCUCUUGCCGGCCCCACGUCCAUUGCUGCUCGCGACAGCGGCUCUGGCAUCUCGUGGCUCUUCCCCUUCAUUGACGGGGCCCCUCCCCUUGGAUGGGAGGCCACAGCGGCCUACCUGGUGCUGCCAGUGCUGCUGGUGGCAUCGCAGUUCUACGCCAUGCAGAUCAUGCAACCGCCUCAGAGUGAUGAUCCAGCACAGAAGAACACACAAGCGAUUCUCAAGUUCCUGCCGCUCAUGAUUGGCUGGUUCUCCCUCUCCGUGCCCUCGGGACUCUCCCUUUACUGGUUCACCAACAACCUGCUGAGCACGGGGCAGACCAUCUACCUGCGCAAGAUGGGUGGCGCCACGCCCAAGGUGGCAGCUGGGGGAGGCGACAUCAUCGACGUGGGGCAGGCCAAGCGCUCUGCCGCCUCUGCCGUCGCCACACAACAGGACAAGGAGAAGCUGCGUGGUGAACAGUUCCGCAAGCAGAAGGAGGCCGAUGCCGCCCGCCGGGCGGCCAAGCGGGCGGCGGAGGAGGCGGCGCGGGUGGCGGAGGAGAAGGCGACACGGGAGAAGGCCCGGCUGGAGCAGCUGAGGGCGGAGAUCUCGGGAGAGGGGGAGGAGGUGGUGGUGGUGGAGGCUGAGAGUCACCUCUGUUAUGGACGGUCCUUCACGACCGCGUGCACAGGUGGGGAGGAGGAGGUGGCAGUGGUGGAGGCCGAGAGCCUUUCCCAUUCCCCGUCCUGCCCGCCGUCCCUCUCGUCUCGUCAACCCUCCCGCCGUCGUUCACGCCGAACCUGCCAACGAGCCUCGGUAGGAGCGUCGCCCGGAACCUCCCUUGAUGAUGAUUCGCUUGUACGAAACGAGGAGGAGGAGGGCUGGCAGGAGGAGGGAGAGGAGAAGGAGGGCGAGGAGGAAAGGGAGGAGGAAAGGGAGGAGGAAAGGGAGGAGGAAAGGGAGGAGGAAAGGGAGGAGGAAAGGGAGGAGGAAAGGGAGGAAGAAAGGGAGGAGGAAAGGGAGGAGGAGAAGCAAGAGGACGAUUUGACUGUCUUGCGAUGCGCCCUAGAGCGCGAAAUGGAGCUCUCUGAUUCGCUGCGGCGCGAGGUGGAGCAGGAGCGAGCCGCGGCUGACAGCGCCGCCCAUGCGAGCAUGGAUCUGAUUUGCCAGCUGCAACAGGACAAAGCUGCUGCCCAGCGCGCGGCCGGGAGUGCCGCCCAAAGAGAGCGGAUUCUGGAACAGAAGGUGUUAUCUGAUAAGGAAGAGAUGGGGAUGAUGAGAGAAGUGCUAGAGCGGCAAGAGGAGGAGGUAGCAGUUUUGAGGGAAAUGCUGGAGGAGAAGCAGGAGGAGGUUAGGGUUUUAGAGGCUGAGCUGGCAAUGUGGAGAGGACACGUGGCGCAAGCAGGUUUGCAGGGGGGGAAGGAGGGAGAGGAAGGUUCAGGGGAGGAACAACGGCUGGUGGACGAGGUGGAGGAAGGGCGUUUGGGGGUAGAAGCAGAGGAGGAGAGUAGGAAUAGGGGGAGAGAGGAGGAAGAGGAGGAAGGGGAGGUAGGGGAGGAAGAGGAAGAGGAGGAGGAAGAGGAGGAAGAGGAAGAGGAGGAGGAGGAGGAGGAAGAGGAAGAGGAGGAAGAGGAGGAGGAGUUUUGGGGAUGA